AUGUUGUCCGCACCAGUGAUCGCAGUCCCGGUUGUUGUCUUGGCCCUGUACCUACUCUGCACCAAGGGCCGAAGAGAAAAGAACCUCCCGCCCGGGCCUCCAACCCUUCCAAUCAUCGGGAACCUCCAUCAGAUUCCCACCAAAGGUACUGGCACUGCCGUUGUCAUCACCGAUCGGCGCAUCAUCAAGGAACUUCUCGAUAAGAGGAGCUCCAAGUAUAGCAACCGGCCAGAGUCAUACCUUGCGCACAACCUCAUUACCGGCGGCGAUCACCUACUGGUUAUGCAGUAUGGCCAGCUCUGGCGGUCCCUCCGGAAAGUCGUCCACCAGUACUUUAUGGAGUCCAUGGUGGAAAAGUCGCACAUCAAUGUUCAAAAUGCCGAGGCAGUACAGAUGCUUCGCGAUUUCUGUGUCCGACCCGAUCAGCACAUGCUCCACCCAAAGCGCUACAGCAACAGUAUUACCAUGAGUUUAGUAUUUGGUGUCCGAACGCCAUCGGUCGACACGCCUCACAUGACGCACUUGUACGAGAUGAUGGAAGGCUGGUCCAAGGUAAUGGAACCCGGAAACACUCCGCCUGUGGACAUCUAUCCGUUCUUGCAUCUCGUCCCCCAAAGAUUCUUCGGAAACUGGGUAUCCAGGGCUAAGGACGUGAGCUCCGAAAUGAACAAGCUCUAUGGUCGAAUGACUGUUCACGUCCAAGAACGGAGAAGGAAGUCCGGCUCGAAGGGGUCGUUUAUGGAUAUCGUCCUUGACCAAAAUGAAAAGCUUCAGCUAAACCAACACCAACUUUCUUUCCUCGGUGGUGUGCUGAUGGAGGGCGGUUCCGACACUUCGAGCGCCAUUAUCAUCGGUUUUAUACACGCGAUGACGAAGUGGGGUGACGUUCUCAAGAAGGCACAGGCCGAAGUGGAUUCCGUCGUCGGAGAGGAUAGGACUCCAAUUUGGUCUGACUACAAGAACCUGCCUUACAUCGCCGCAACUGUGAAGGAAGCUAUGCGUUGGAGACCUGCUACCCCGACCGCAUUUCCCCACCAGGCCGCCGAAGAUGACUGGAUUGACGGCAUGUUCAUCCCCAAGGGAACUAGCAUCAUAAUCAAUGGAUGGGGCAUGCACCACGACAAAAACCGCUUCAAGAACCCCGAAGUCUUCGAUCCCGACCACUUCAAGGGCCAGACGGCCUUAGCGGCGGAGCUUGCGGCGGCAUCAGACUACAAUUCCCGAGAUCACUACGGCUACGGCGCUGGGCGCAGGAUCUGCCCCGGAAUCCACCUCGCCGAGCGGAACUUGUUCCUAGGUAUUGCCAAACUGAUCUGGGCAUUCGACAUCCUACCGGGGCUGGAUGCCCAAGGAAACCCCAUCGAGCCGGAUCUAGACCCGAGAACUGGCUACUGUGAGGGCUUCCUUGUGUGCGCCAACGACUUCCCGUGCAGGAUCAAACUGCGAUCGCCAGCUCGUCGGGAUACUAUAAUGAAAGAGUAUGAAAAGGCACAGGUGGAGGUAUUCUCCCAGUUCGAGGGAGACAUAUAA